GGAUAUAGUGAGCUACUGGCGCUGAACAGAUGGUUACCGGCCGCCCGCUGUGUGCGCUAGAGGUGGCUGCAUACAACUCAAUAGUUACGCUCAGGGAGAGUCACAGAACAUGCAAGAUCGAUGACAACACUUGCUGUAACAAAAUCACACGCUUAAUAUCGUAACACUUAAUAUUUACCUAUCAUUGCAAUAGGCAAAAUGUAAUUUAAUGGUGUUUUAUGGAAGACGGUUUUUUCGUCUUGUGGUAUUUAGGCCUUGAUAUCUACUAGGUGUUGUCGUUUUAAGCGUUAACCGCUGGACUAACUUACUACUUUUAUUUUAUAGACUGUUAAGAGGAAAAUGUUAUCUGCACCAACCUAUUACUCAAUACGUCUAACUUAACGGUUUAUGAUAACAGUAGUAGGAGUUUUGGAAGGAAGAUUAUUUUCAGAUUCGAGUUAAGAUUUCCAACACGUUAUUUUUGAGUUCGAAAUAUUGCAAAACUUUAAUAUCGAAAAUAUAAUUAUGUUUUGAACUUUCUUAUAACGGUGUUCUUUCCGAUAUAAAAAAAAAAUUACUCCGACAAAUCCAAAGAUGAAAAAUUUCGAAAGACUGCAUAACUUUUAACUACUCGGAAUAUGUGCUUUCACGAAUGUCUACGAGUCAAAUGUGCAGACCUCAUUUCCACUCUCCGCUUCAUCCAUGGAUCUCGGACGCGAAACCAAUGGUUCCUCAUCCCGCACAUGGAACUCCCUGGUGUUCACCUUUCACUAGUAAACCUCCACAUCAUCCGAGUCCUACAGGUGGUCACUUGGGUGUCCAUCCAGCUCCACCACAAGUUCCCAGCUCUAUCGCCAGUUCACUGCCUUCUCAUUCCAGUCCUCAUCUGUUCAGUUUUCCUCCCACACCACCUAAAGACGCCACGCCCGAUAAUGUUACCAACGGUGGAAGUUCAGCCGAUUACGGUCCCAGUUCGGGGUCUCUGGUGUCCGUCGGAGACGACAAAGGUCCAACAGCCAGCAUGAUAACAACUCUCGGAUCGGCCCUUACUAACUGCUCCAGUAACAAACCUCGUGAAGGUAGUAAUGCCUUUGCAUCUUCCCUUAGCCCUGUGCACCAUCAGACAGCCCAUCCCAUGCCACCCUAUCAUCCCCCUUACGUAACGGGCCCUCCUGCAGGUGGACCACCAAGCUCGGCCGAUCUUUCAGCAUCACCCUACUCUUUCCAUUCGGCAUCGUCUCUUCUAAGUGCAAAGAAUUCUCUACAGUGUUCGUCGACAUCACCAGGGAAGCAGAGAACCAAAGGGAGGUCCAGCGCCGCCUGCCUCUCGGAACGGAUGACCGACUCUAUCCCGGCAAGAUGGUGGUGCGGUUCUGGGGAGAAGCAAGGCUCAGCAGCUAGCGGACUGUGGUGGGACAUUGCCGGUGACAGAAGUGGGGAACACCGGCCGUCGCCCGUUUGUGCCGAGGGGCGUGAAUGUGUGAACUGUGGUGCGACGUCGACCCCCCUGUGGCGAAGGGACGGUACUGGUCAUUAUUUGUGCAAUGCUUGCGGACUUUACCACAAAAUGAACGGUCAAAACAGACCACUCAUCAAACCCAAGAGAAGAUUGUCUGCUGCCAGAAGAGCCGGGACAAGUUGCGCCAAUUGCAAAACUACCACCACCACUCUGUGGCGUAGGAAUCAGAACGGAGAACCUGUAUGCAACGCCUGCGGUCUCUAUUUUAAACUUCAUAACGUAAAUCGUCCAUUGACAAUGAAAAAGGAAGGAAUUCAAACUCGCAAUCGUAAACUAUCUUCGAAGAGCAAGAAAAAGAAGGGAUGCGGGAUCGCUAUCCCAGAGUGUAUAAAACCGCUCGAUAAACCGUUUUCCAGCUUCACGCCUACCGGACAAUUAGCAUCAUCAAUGUCCUCGAUGUCGUCGAUGUCUGUCACCGUUAAUCAUUACAUGCAUCAAGGCAACAUGCCCAUAUCCAUGGCAGGUUCGUUUGUAACAUCGCCACCAAUGCACAUGAAUACCGCACCCGGAUUAUCCACAUUACCGCUUCCAUCCGGAGGACCUUUGCAACUAGGUACCGGUGGUCUCGGACUCGCCACUUCCAACAGUAUGGUAGGUGCCAUGGCCUGACUGAUGCCGGAAAGAUUGCAUCACUUAACAUGAUGCGAUUGUGAUUAAUAAAGCUAACGACUUAUAAGUGGUGGUAAAAUAAACUUGUGAAUGAAUGUAACGGACUCCUGCAAAACUGAACAAUGCGGGUCUCUUUCUUCCUACCACCGGCAACAUAUACUGACGAUGCCAUUUGUACAUCCUCCUCCGUAUUAAUUUCUUCUUAUCGAAGACAUUUCGUGUUGUAUGUGCAUCAAAUCUUCGUAGGUCUGGAAACUGACGACAAUAGCAAAUUUAGCAUCGUCUUCCUCACACUUCAAACUUUUUUGAAUUUUUUUUUUUGUUUUGUUUUUUGUGAAUAUGACCGUUUAUGGAAAAGGGGAUUCUUUCGCUCUAUAAUUCAUGCUUUAACAGAAUUUUUCAAAAAAGUGAACUCGCAUCUCUCAGUGCCAAAAUCAAAGAGGGACUUUUUCAUUUUAGUCUAUCGAUUGACAUUACAACGAGACGGGCUGGACUCGCCCAAAAAACUUAACCUUUACGUCGACGGGUGCCGGUCAGAACCUCAUACAAAAUAUUCAUUCAUUCUUACUAUUUUUCCUUCUCGAAAUGGAAGUGACAAAAAAAAAA